GUGCUUCAUGCCAGCCUCUGUGCCCAGCACCAGCCAGUUCGCCAGUUAGGAGAGCCACCCGCUCCCCGCGGGACCUCAUGGAGUGUAUCACCAAAGCCCUUACCGCUAAUCCUCACUUUAUAAGAACUCCUACUCACCUAACGGACUGUGACACACUCCCAGAGUGAUACUAAGGCCUGGCCAUUGGGAACCAACUGUAACUGUCCACGGACACGUGGAUUGAAGAAUGCUGAGGACUUACCCCACAACAAUAGGGCAAGGCGCCCACUCCUGAGGAGGCUUUUGAGAAGCAGGUGGGCAAGAAGACUUCUGUAGAAGUCAGCCCGCUCCCCCCAAGUGCUCGUUCAGAACUAAUGAAGAGGAUGUGCAGCAGGAAUGGAUGAUUCUGCCAGCACCAUCCUUGUUGGACAUUCUGAAUACCUUGUUCACCAUCAUGGCAUCUCUCACUAAGGAACCCAUUCUACAGAGUAAGAAGUGAGGCAGUACACUGACUACCAUAGGACUCAAUGGUUUUAUUAUGAACCUCAUUGCCCAAAAGCUGGCCUUAUAGGACAGUGGGCUGGAGCAGUGAAGACUCAGGUACAGACCCAGGUAGGAGACAACACUCAGCAAGCUGCGUGUACUGUCCUUCAAGUGCAGUAUAUGCUCCAAACCAAGUUGCAUGAAACCAGGAAACAGUAGAAGGGAAACUGAAAGUGUAGUCUCCCACAGGUAAGCCUUACCACACACUUUCGAAAUCAGUGCUUCCUGCUCUUAUGACAUCAUCGGCUCUGUUCCCACUGGAGGACAUAUCAUUCCUCAAACAGGAACUUGAAACUGCAUCUGGAUAUUGCAGGAUGGUCCGCACUUUGGAACCACUGGCAAAGAAGAUCUUUAAAGGAGUUUUAGUAGCUGAAUUUCUGGGCGUUGCUGGAGCAUAUGUUUUGUUUAAUAAGAUGGACACAAGCCAAGAUUUUAGGCAAACAAUGAGCAAGAAAUUUCCCUUCAUCUUGGAAGUUUAUUACAAAUCCAUUGAAUAUUCUGGAAUGUAUGGAGUGAGACAGCAAGAUCAAGAAAAAUGGUUGAACAACAAAAGUUAGGAAUUUGGCCACUGAUCACAGUUUAUCCUAUUUCAUUGUAUCAAGCACGAUUAAAUUUCCAAAGUUGACAUGGAUAGAUUUUGGAAUAUUUAAGGCAAAAUGUAAAUUCUAAUUAAGCCAGAGGUUUUAUUCUUUGGACUGUGAAGAAAUUUAUGGAAGGUAUGUUUAUUAUGUUAUAAAUCAAGUUUUAUUUACACCACUCAAAAUAAAGUGGUUCUCCUUUAAAAAAAACACACCUAUAAUUCUGGAUAUGUAAACUUUUCAAAAUAGAUAAAAAAAAACAUCAAUUUUUAAUACUACAAUUUGCAUCUUUGACAGCAAUGUCUCUGGCACUACUAGAGUCACUUUUUUAAAAAAGCUGUACUAAGGAAUAAAAUUUGUCAUAAGAUUCA